GUCGUCCGCCAGAUUUCGCGGCAUCGCUGCGUUGGAAGAGGAGAGGAGGGGCCUGGCCUGGGAAUCUGCUGUUUCCCAUUCCAGGCGCAGGGGCACAACAUGGCGGAUUAGGAGGCGACCGACGCGCCCGGAUACAACGAACAAAUCGUGGGAUACCGAUUCCCUGCGUCGUGAAGAGGCCAGAAGUACACGCUUUGCGGAUAGGAGAAUCUUGGCUAAACCCAACAUACGGCUUCUUGAGACAUGCGUUUUGGAUACUAGUAAGCACAUUCGUUUCGUUGCCCCACUCCAAAUUGGCUGUCUGUCCAAGAUCAUUCCUAUCACCCAGGCCCCCCACCCCGAACACACUCUCGGUUCCUGGGGUGUGGAGACAGGGGCCGGGGAAGUGGAAAACAAUCGCACUUUAUCUGGAACAUCAGGCUCCAUAGCACGGGACAGGGGUGUCAAGGAGAUCAUUGUGCGAAUGAGUUAGUGAUGCAGGUUUCGUUUCUCCAGGGCAGUAUGGGUGUCUAUCCUCUGCUCCUGCUGCAGGUGGCCUUUGUGGCCCUCAGCACGGCCCAGGGACUCACUGACCCUUCAGGUGCAGCCGUGACCACCAAACCUACAGACCCUGCUCCCAUGUCACUCACCGUCGUAGUCACCCAGAAGCCCCCAUCAACCAUCCCAGCUGUGACACCAUCCCCUGAACUUGUUGCAACAACAAGCAUCAAUGACACUGAGGGUGCAGUGACCCCAGAGGUUCCCACAGCCCCGCCUGUCGUUCCCCCUCCAACUGUGCACAUCCCGACCAAUCUGCCUCCUGCCCCUUUAACCCCAUCUGCUGUGUCCCCGUCUCUCAGCACUGACAAAACCGGGGAUUGGGAGACUACAGUUUUGACUACAUUCGAUACCCCGACUCCAACCAAUCUCUAUUCCACUGAGGCAUAUUCAGAACCCGAGUCGGACAUACCAUUUGACACUACACAUGCCACCACAGCUGACGUCAGCAAACCUCCAGACAAUGAUGGACAAGAUGACACUGCGAUCAUGGCCGUGAUGGUUGCCCUGUCCUCUCUCCUGGUGAUCGUCUUCAUCAUCAUUGUUCUGUACAUGCUCAGGUUUAAGAAGUACAAGCAGGCAGGGAGCCACUCCAAUUCCUUCCGCCUGACCAAUGGCAGAGCUGACGACACAGAACUUCAGAGUGUGCCACUAUUGGCUCGGUCCCCUAGUACCAACAGGAAGUACCCGCCCCUUCCUGUUGACAAACUGGAGGAGGAAAUGAACCGUCGAAUGGCAGAUGACAAUAAACUCUUCCGGGAAGAAUUUAACGCAUUGCCUGUGUGUCCCCUUCAAGCCUCAUGUGAUGCUGCCUCGAAAGAGGAGAACAAGGAGAAGAACAGAUAUGUCAACAUCCUUCCCUAUGAUCAUUCCAGGGUACAUUUGACCCCUUUGGAGGGUGUUCCUGACUCAGACUACAUCAAUGCUUCCUACAUAAAUGGAUACCAAGAAAAGAACAAAUUCAUUGCUGCACAAGGGCCAAAAGAGGAGACGGUUAAUGACUUCUGGAGGAUGAUCUGGGAGCAGAACACUGCCACCAUUGUCAUGGUAACCAACCUGAAAGAGAGGAAAGAGUGUAAAUGUGCUCAGUACUGGCCAGACCAGGGCUGCUGGACUUACGGAAAUAUCCGGGUGUCAGUGGAGGACAUGAUGGUCCUGGUGGACUACACCAUUCGCAAGUUCUGCAUCCAACAGGUGGGUGAUGUUUCUGGUAAGAAGCCUCAGAGGCUGGUCACACAGUUUCACUUCACUAGUUGGCCGGAUUUUGGAGUUCCUUUCACUCCCAUCGGCAUGCUGAAGUUCCUAAAGAAGGUCAAGACUUGUAACCCACAGUAUGCAGGACCCAUAGUGGUCCACUGCAGUGCUGGUGUGGGCAGAACGGGGACCUUCAUCGUAAUAGACGCUAUGUUAGACAUGAUGGGAGCGGAGAGGAAAGUCGAUGUCUUUGGGUUUGUCACACGGAUCAGAGCUCAGCGCUGCCAGAUGGUCCAAACUGACAUGCAAUAUGUGUUCAUAUUCCAAGCCUUGCUAGAGCACUACCUGUAUGGAGACACAGAGUUAGAAGUGACGUCUUUGGAGUCUCACCUGUCUAAACUUUACGCUCCUUUACCUGGGGCUGGCUGUGGUGGCCUGGAGGCAGAGUUUAAGAAACUCACCUCCAUAAAAAUCCAGAAUGACAAGAUGAGAACAGGGAACCUGCCUGCCAACAUGAAGAAGAAUCGUGUUUUGCAAAUCAUUCCAUAUGAGUUUAAUAGAGUGAUCAUCCCUGUAAAACGAGGGGAGGAGAACACGGACUACAUUAACGCCUCUUUUAUAGACGGCUACAGGCAAAAGGACUCAUACAUGGCAUGUCAGGGGCCCCUACAGCACACCACCGAGGACUUCUGGAGGAUGAUCUGGGAGUGGAGGAGCUGCUCUAUUGUUAUGUUGACAGAACUGGAGGAGAGAGGACAGGAGAAGUGUGCUCAGUACUGGCCUAGUGAUGGUGUGAUGGCUUGUGGGGACAUGUCCAUUGAAUUAAAGAGAGAGGAGGAAAGUGAGAGCUACACUGUUAGGGACCUUCUCGUCACCAAUAACAGAGAAAAUAAGUCUCGUGCGGUGAGGCAGUUUCAUUUCCAUGGCUGGCCAGAGGUGGGCAUCCCCACAGAUGGGAAGGGAAUGAUCAACAUUAUCGCUGCAGUUCAGAAACAGCAGCAGCAGUCUGGAAACCACCCAAUCACUGUGCACUGCAGCGCUGGUGCCGGGCGUACAGGGACGUUCUGUGCUCUGAGCACGGUUCUGGAGCGGGUGAAGGCAGAGGGCAUUCUGGACGUUUUUCAGACGGUGAAGAGUCUAAGACUACAGAGACCGCACAUGGUGCAGACACUGGAGCAGUACGAGUUCUGCUACAAAGUUGUCCAGGAAUAUAUUGAUGCCUUUUCUGACUACGCCAACUUUAAGUAAAGCCAUGGCCAGCUGAAAAAGGAUUGGACAGACUCUCCCAGCCUCACACAGAGGACAUGCACUCACAUCUACACUCACACAAACACCACAGAAAUACUCGACUGGGAAAAGAGACAGACUGUCAGCACAAAGCAAAAGGGAAUGGAAAUCCUUUGACCAACAAGAACGAGAUGAAAAUCAUUGGUGAUGAAGAUGGAGAAAAAAAAACAAAAACAAAGAAAACACCAUUAGAGAUGCCUUUUUAAAUAUUUUGUAAAAUUGCUCUUGUUAAUAUGGCCGUUACCUAUUUCUCUCAGUGUAAAUAUGCUCUUGUUACUUUUUGUUUUUUGUUUUAGAAGCUGUUCUGUUGCGGUUUUAGAGUGACCUUUCAAAUAUAGUUUUCUCUGGUAUAUGAAAACAUACAUUUUUGAAAACGCCGUUGUAGAGAUGCGAAAGAGCGGUAGCCUGUGGCAAGAUGAGGGUGCUUUUUCACUGAUGUUUUUACAAGAAAUGAUUUCCACCUUUUUCUGCAGUUGAGUGACUGAAACUUAUUUGAAUAGCAGCUCAAUCCUACUUUUGCUGUUGCCUGUAGCUAUGUAGUGUAUGAUGCAGCACUGCUAAAAAAGCAGCUUAAACAAGCCUAAGACAGUUUGCUGGUCUUAGCUGGUCUGAUCAGCUUGAUCGGACUGGUUUUAGAGGGGUUUUGGGCACUAGAAAAAUUUGGCCAGGGUGGGAGACCAACUAUAACCAGCUAUAUAUAUAUAUAUAUAUAUAUAUAUAUUAUUUUUUUAUUUUUUUCUCAGUAGGGAUCAGAAAUGACCAAUCGUAAUGCUACACAUCAGUGACAGAAAACAAUACUGCAAGCACUUGCGUUCACAGAAAUGCAUUAAUAGAGACACAUGCUGUUAUUUUACUUCACUGUGCUUUUAAAUUGUGUUCACUGGAAUGACGAUUAGGACAUUUUGAUUGGUGGAUUGGAUGAUGUCACCUCUCGAUGCGUCAGAUAUGGUGUCUAUUUUAACAGGUGUUCUUUCUUUAUUUAGCAUCCUUUAGAAUACACCUUAAACAUCCUUUUGAAGAUGUUGCGGCUGAGACUUGUGUAUUAUGAACUGUGCUACUUUGUUGGAUCCAUUCUGUUACAAUGUGUCAGACCCAACUUCGCUUAUGUCAGUGUUCUGUUUUGGUUUAGACUAGACGAGGAUAGAAGACGAUUAAAGACACAAUCAAACUUAAUGGAAAGGAAUAGUUCUCUCAAAACUGAAAAUUCCAAACUGUAUGACUUUCUUCUGUGAACACAAAGUCACCUUUUACUAUCCUUGUAUGGAAAAAAUAUCCAUUGAAAGCGAAUGGUCAGGAUGUCAGGCUGAAUAGGGAGGCUGUCAGUCCCUAACAUUUUACUUGAUGACAUCAUUUGUGUUCCACAGUAUAAAGUAAGUAAUACGAGUUUGGAACAGUAUGAAAGUGAGUAAAUGAUGAAAUACUUUUCAUUUUUGGGUGAACUAUCACUUUAAAGAGAAGAAAGAAGUCUUGAGGGUUUCAAUUUUGCAGAUACAUGGCCUUAGAGGAAAUAUAGUUUGUCCUCACAGACUAUUGUGUAAUAUUAUUUUUAUUUUUUUUCUACCUUCCUUUCUUUUCUUGAUUACUCUUAACAGCACCUUUUGUAUUUGCGAUUGUAACCAAGGAAAUGACGUGUUUACUUGCCCGGACAUCUGUUGAUUGGCCUUAACUAUUGUACUUGACAAUACUAACGUGUAGGCAGUUACCUUUCCUUCCUCUGUUGACUGCCUCGUAGGAUCAUUGGGGGUCAUUUUCCUCAAAAUACUUAUAAGGUACAGUGUGCAAAGGUUAUUCUAGAAAUGAUCACCUGAUCAUCUGUUCCUGCCCAUGUAAAGGACUUCAGCCGCUGUGCUUAAGUCAAUGAGCCCCUUCAGCUCCACUGAGCCAGUUAAAAAGAUAUGCAAGAUACUUUAAAAAGUGAAUACUUUCAUUAGCAACUUCUCCAAGCCUGUGGCUUGCAGAACAGAUACCCAUUAAUGUCUUGGCAUUCAAGUCGUCUCAAUUGUUGAUGUGUUUUACCUUAAAGGGGAAGUGUCACAAAUGGAUCACUUCCCAUUAGAUCGUUUUUAAGACAGAGAUGCCAUGUGAUUCAGCUAAAAUGUGUAAAGAUGAUUGAUUGUUAUUGGAAAGAAUUCUUGAAUUAUUUCUUGUAAGUAUUGCAGUGUGGCUGGUUAAUGUUACAGUUACCACCUGGUUUAGGUUAUCUAAUGUUUUGUAAAGGUUAAUCCCUUGAUCCACACUGCCUUGUCUUAUGAAAUGUAUGUAAUAGAUCAUAAGUGUAUGUAAACCCAAUGGGUGUCACUCUAAAAUAGUCACCUUUCAGUCAUUCCAGAUUAACAGGGAUCUUGAUGGAUCUUUUAAAGUAGUUUUUAGAUUAUUUCAAAUUUAUGGAUCAAAGAGAAAAGGGCAUGUUACAGCUAAAAGGUGCAAAGUAGGUCCAUUUUAUAGGCUUUUAUGAGUUCAUCUUAAAAUAGAGUACUGUGCAAAUGUUUUAGGCACUUGUGAAAAAAUGUUGCAUAGUGAGGAUGUCUUCAAAAAUAAUGACAUAAAUUGUUUUCAUUUAUCACUUAAUGUCAUACAAAGUCCAGUAAACAUAAAAAAAAAAAACUAAAUCAAUAUUUGGUGUGGCCACCUUUGCCUUUAAAACAGCACCAAUUCUCCUAGGUACACAUGGACACAGUUUUUCUUGGUUGUUGGCAGUUAGGAUGUUCCAAGUUUCUUGGAGAAUUCGCCACAGAUCUUCUGUCUAUUUAGGCUGUCUCAAUUGCUUCUGUCUCUUUAUGUAAUCUCAGACUGACACGAUGUUCAGUGGGGGUCUUUUUGGGGGCCAUGACAUCUGUUGCAGGGCUCCCUGUUCUUCUAUUCUAAUAUUUUCUAUUGCAAAAGUAAUGUUUAGGAGUCAAACAUUUAUAUUUCCUAUUGACACUAAAGUAGCAAAUAUAAAUAACCAUCUUAAGACAAAAAGACUUUUGCACAGUACUGUAUAUUCCAGGAAAUGCUGACAAAUUCACUUAAAAAUCAUGUGUGCAUGCGAUUAUACGAAUACAGGUUUUGUGUUUUACCGUUGUGAUCUACUUAAUGCCACAUUAACCCCUUCUUCAUGAAACACUGUGCCAGUACCAGCCUCUCCAAGGCUGGAUCCUUCUUUAGACGUGCGGCUGGGAAAGUGCCUCGAUACGUUUUUGUAGCUUGAAACAUGUCCCGGUCCGUUCUUUUGUAGCCAAUGCUCUCUCAAUCCCAACCUAAUGCACUCAUAACAUAUAUUUGGGAAAUAUUGUGGCCGAUUCACAGCCGUGUCCCAUAUGGCAUAUGAUAAUCUGUACUGGAACCCAAAUGAUAAGUGCUUCGUUGCUUCUUAACCCUGAUUUGGCUCCUUGUUUGUAGUGUGCCAGGUUAUAAAGCUAUUUUUCAAUUCUUCGCCAAUUAUUCCCAUUAUUUAAUCAAUGGAAUCUCUUGAACCCACAAUCAUGUAUACUGUAGGAAGUCUUCUAGUCAGUUCUCCACACUGAAGGGAUACAUUUUCACCAUAAAAUGAAAAUUCUGUAAUACCCAUGUCAAACCCGUUUUUUUUAAUUUUUUUAUUUAUUAUUUUUUUAAGUUUAGCUGAAUGUUUUCACUGCUCUUUUACAUUCAGUGGAAGUGGAUGGUGCCCAGGGGCUGUGAAGCUGCAACAACACACCAUAAAAACAAUUUUUUUUUUUUUUUUUUAACCUUGACGGCAGUGGGUCAACCAUGCACUUUUAUUACGUGGAAACGAGCAGUGUCAAUAUUCUUAAAAAUGUAUUUUGUGUUCUACAAAAGAGACUCAUUUUACAUCUAAAUAUGUUUUGGAGCAACAUAAUGGUGAAAAAACAAUAACAGAAUUUUCAUUUUUGGGUAUACUAUUCCAUGAAUCUACAGAGAGCAAGACAGCAAUGCUCCUUUGAUUAAGAAGGGAAGCCACGUGCCUGGAGGCCCCUGUUGAAUGUCACACUCUGCUCAAUGAGAGAGAGGCAAAGAUACGACCUGCUCUUAUAAGAAUGAAUAAGUGUGGAAUAAGAAGAGAUUUGUUCUUCAAACACCUACUUUUUAGUAUUUUAUUUUCUCUUAAUCUCUCUCUUUGACUGGAUAAUUUCUAAAUUUUAUACACCUUUAGAGCACCUGCUUAUUUACGUUCCAUAAAUCCUAAAAACGUUCCUCUCUUUUGAGUCCCCUUUCCACUUUUUCUUUCCUUUUCAUGCACUCUUCUGUAAAUAAUGUAAGGUUAUUUAUAUUUCAUUCCUAUCUGUUGCCUUAUUUGUUUUCUCUCUUUGCUUUUUUUAAGAUCCUUGUAUAUUAAAACUGUAUUGGGACCAUUUUGAAAUGUAUUAGAUGUUUUCUUUUUUUUUCUGUUUUUAAUUCUGUAUUAUUACUGUCUUAAUUUGCAUCUGUUUUUCUAAUGUUUUAUUCAAAUUUGAAUAUAUAUGUAUAUAUAAUUAUAUAUAUGAUGCAAAUUAUAUAUAAUUAUAUCAUGCCAAACGGCUUUUCUAAGCAAGAUAUUGUUAAAACCUAAUAAAC